GGCGGCGGCACCUGCGGCCGCGCCGUGCGGAGCGAGCGGAGCCGCGGCCCGGAUGUAGCCGGAACAUGGCGCUGGGGGCGGCGUGACGGCGGCGGCCGAGAUCUUUCCACCAUGUUUGGGAAAAAGAAGAAAAGGCUGGAAAUUUCCGGCCCCUCCAACUUCGAGCACCGGGUGCACACUGGCUUCGACCACCGGGAGCAGAAGUUCACGGGGCUGCCCCAGCAGUGGCACAGCCUGCUGGCAGACACAGCCAACAGGCCCAAGCCCAUGGUGGAUCCCUCAUGCAUCACUCCCAUCCAGCUGGCUCCGAUGAAGACCAUCGUUCGGGGGAACAAGCCUCGAAAGGACACUUCGAUCAACGGGCUGCUGGAGGAGUUUGACAACAUCUCGGUGACCCGCUCCAACUCCCUGCGGAAGGAGAGCCCUCCCAGGCACGCCCAGGGCAGUGCCAGCCAGGCGGCCCGGCCCCAGGAGGAGAAUGGCUUCGUGCCCUACCCGCAGUGCUGCGGCGAGGCGGAGGCGGCCGAGGGCGGCGGGGACAGGCUGCGGGACAGGGCCGCGUGCGGGGAGCCGUGGGACAGGUACUGCCAGGGCAGCCUGGCCGCCAGGCACAACGGGCACCUGCUCAAGGUGACGGCCCGCGACAUCUACUACUCGGAGGUGGCGCCCCUGCAGCCGGAGCUGUCCCGGUUCCUGCCGGACUACCAGGCACACCUGGAGAGCAAGCCCAAGGCGCUGGAGUACGGGGGCCUGAGGCUGGAGUACCAGCGGGUGCCCAGCGGCUCCUCCCUGGACUACCGGGAUUCCUUCCCCUACGCCCCGUCCCGGGCCUCGCUGCAGAGCGAGUGCCCCAGGGAGAGGCUGGACCUCGGGGACGCUGACUGGGGACGCGGCCUGGGCAAGGAGGACGUUGACAAGAGGCCCAAGUCCUCCUACGUGGACCCUGCGAGCCCCCAGCCGGCCAUGAGGCAGAGGUCCAGGUCGGGCUCCGGCCUGCAGGAGCCGGCCAUGCCCUACGCAGCCAGCGCCUUCAAAGCUCACCCGCAGGGACAUUCCUACAGCUCCUACACCUACCCCCGGCUGUCCGAGACCGCGGCAGGCGUGCCCAAGGUGGAUUACGACCGAGCGCAGCUGGUGGUCAGCCCUCCGCUCUGCGGCUCAGACACCUACCCCCGGGGCCCAGCCAAGCUACCUCAGAGCCAGAGCAAGGGCAGCUACUCCGGCAGCAGCUACCAGUACCCCCUGCUCUACCACAAGGCUCCCCCCUUCCAGCAGCCGCCCCUGCAGCCCGGCUCUCCCUACAUCUCCACGGCCUCGUACCCCAGCUCCCCCAGCGUGACGCCGGGCGCGUACCCCCCGCCCAGCUGGGGCUCGUGCUCGGAGCAGCAGCCCUCCAGGGUGUCCCACGAGCAGUUCCGCGCCGCCCUGCAGCUGGUGGUGAGCCCCGGGGACCCCCGCGAGUACCUGGACAGCUUCCUCAAGAUCGGCGAGGGCUCCACGGGCAUCGUGUGCAUCGCCACCGAGCGGCACUCGGGCAAGCAGGUGGCCGUCAAGAAGAUGGACCUCAGGAAGCAGCAGAGGAGGGAGCUGCUCUUCAACGAGGUGGUGAUCAUGAGGGACUACCACCACGAGAACGUGGUGGACAUGUACAGCAGUUACCUGGUCGGGGACGAGCUCUGGGUGGUGAUGGAGUUCCUGGAGGGCGGCGCUCUGACCGACAUCGUCACUCACACCAGGAUGAACGAGGAGCAGAUCGCCACGGUGUGCGUGUCCGUGCUGCGUGCCCUGUCCUACCUGCACCACCAGGGCGUCAUCCACCGAGACAUCAAGAGCGACUCCAUCCUGCUCACCAGCGACGGCAGGAUAAAACUGUCUGACUUCGGCUUCUGUGCCCAAGUGUCAAAGGAGGUCCCCAGGAGGAAGUCCCUGGUUGGGACACCCUAUUGGAUGGCACCAGAGGUGAUAUCCCGCCUGCCCUACGGCACUGAGGUGGACAUCUGGUCCCUGGGCAUCAUGGUGAUCGAGAUGAUCGACGGGGAGCCGCCGUACUUCAACGAGCCGCCGCUGCAGGCCAUGCGCCGCAUCCGGGACAACCUCCCGCCCCGCGUGAAGGACACGCACAAGGUCUCCUCCGUCCUGCGGGGCUUCCUGGACUCGAUGCUGGUGCGGGAGCCCUCGCAGAGAGCCACGGCCCAGGAGCUGCUGAGACACCCCUUCCUGAAGCUGGCUGGGCCCCCCUCGUGCAUCGUGCCCCUGAUGAGGCAGCACAGGCACCGCUGAAGGGCCACCCUUGGGCAAGGGGCAGUGCAGAGCCUGGCUCCUGGCGUGCGGGACCCGCAGGCAGGGAGAGGAGGAGGAGGAGGAGGAGGAGGAGAGCAGCCCUGAGGAAAGGCCGUGUGUACAGAGAUGCCCAGAGAGCAGGCAGUGCUCCCUGCUCCCGCUGUGCCAGGACAGGAGCAGGCCGGGCAUCGGCCGGGCAGGGCACACCCAGUGCCAGCCCGGAGCCAAACAGCUGAGCUUGCCCACGGCUGCGGCACUUCUGGCUCAGAAGAACACUUUUCUGACAAACAAAGCACUUUUUAUCUCGGCCAGAGCAGCGCAAUGUAUUUUGCAAGAAGUUUGUAAUUUUCUGUACAGUCCGUUUUGAUAACUUGCAGUACUUUGUCCCGUUCCUGUUGUGUUAGUUCAGUAAUAAGUGUUACUUAGAGAAUUUGAGAAGAUGAAGUUUCCUACUUUUUUUAACCCUUUUGAAAACAGGAGAAAAAAAAGAAAAAAAAGAAAAAAAAAAAAAAGAAACCACAGCCACUUUUAGAGGAAGUUGUAAGGUUUUGCAGAGUUCCCAUGGGUGAGGAGGGGGCUCAUCCCGCCCUCACAGCACUGGAAGAGCCCAGGAUGGCUGGCAGUGGUGGGAGUGCCUGGCAUGGGGCACUCAGUGACAGAGGCAGCCCCAGCCCUGCUCAGGCUGUCCCCUUCCCCCAACCCUGGCCAGCCUUGGCCCGAGGCCUCCCGGGCUGGGCUGACCCCUCUCUUCCCGUGCCACCACAGCGGCCUCCGUGCCUGCUGCCACGCUCUGGCAGGGGAGGGGGAGCAGGAGCUGCUCCUGCCAGCCCAGAGGGAGCCCCAGAGCUCAGGCAGAGCCCUGGCAGGGGAGGGGAUGGGUUGGGAUGUCCUGCAGAGAGGAGGAGUCGUGCUGCUGUCUAGACCUUUCUGAAUGUUGAUGCAACAGUUGACUACUGCAGUACAAUUCUGUGUUAUUUGUUGGAUGACUUUGCAUGUUAACUGUAGGCCUAAAUAGAUUUGCCUUUAAAAUUUUUAGAAGUGCUUCAUAAUUAUUUCGAUGAGAAACUAAUUUUAUUUAUUAACGAUUAGUUGUUUUUAAUUCUGUGUAAUACAAAAGCCAUGUUUUUCAAGUUGUUUUUUUUCUUACUGACCUCAUUUUAUGGUAUCUUUAAGAACCACAAAGCCAACUUUGUGAAAACACAGUUUCUUUCUUAUUAUAAAAUUUCAUAGUUAAUAAAUUAAUUGUUAUUUAUUGUAGUAAAUUAUAACCAAACAUCUAAACCUGGCAGGAGCUGUUGCUUAAAGAUCUUCCUCUGGGAGAAAAGAGUUGCCAAUAGUAAAGAAGCUCCUUUAGUUCUGCCCUUAAAGAAUAUUUGGAGGGAGAGAAGCAAUUAAAAAAAGAAAAAAAAAAAAGCAGAUGAGGAUGACCUGGAGCAUGGAAGAGCUGUUCUUACAUCAGUGUCUUAUCCCCAGUGCUCUCUCUCCCCAGCCCUGUUUGCACAUUUGAAGAAGACACUGAAGAAAAUGUUUGGCUCCCGGAGCCCACCCAGCAGGGAGCACCCCCAGCCUCCCAGGGCUCUCUUUUGUAGUCUUGACAACUCAGGAAACCAGGCUGCACCAGUCCAGGCAACGGCACAACUUAAUACUAGCUACAAAAUUACCUUUUUUAACCAUCUUUGAAUAAAAAAGGGGGUCGGGGGGAGUUUUUUCUUCAAUAUUCAGCACAUUUUACGCUGUACAAGGGAAGAAUUUUCUGCAACUUUCUUACCAUUAGAUACUUUAAGCAGUGUUCAUUGAGUUUACUGAGAGUUUUGUCGAUUUCAAAGGGUUUUUUUGUGAACACCAGCUACUGGUGAAACAAAUGCACAUGCAAGUUAAAUAAAUUCAUUACUAAACACUUUAA